CUUUGCCGGCACGCACCACUUUCAUGACACCCGACCAGCAAGUUGUAGAGCGCCGUAUUCGACAUGUUGCGUCGAUACAAGUCUGUAACUUGACCCCCUUCCCGUUGCGCGAUGCGUUCGCCUCGGCCCUUUCCAAACCUACAGAACAUUCCCAGUUCGCUACUCAUGGACAUCUCCCGGACGAUCUGGACGCAACUUUAUCUCGAAAACGCGGCCGUCGAAUAUCAUCCAAUUCAACCACAACACUUCGAAGUCUCCAUUCGGACGAAGGGAGGAGCGUUAGGGAUACCAGCCCGUCCGACACCAAAGCAAGGAAGAGAACCACUAGUUCUACCUCUGGAAAUCGUCAAACUGCAGUCAGAUCACAAAGGGCACGCACGACUUCCAUAAGCUCCGUGCAUAACCUUUCUGCAUCUUCUUUCCCUGACCCUUACUCCCAUGAGCCCUCCAAAGCAUUACCCUCGACGUCAUCGGAUAACUCUCAAUUAGGACUCGAAAGAGUACUCAGGGAUCGUCUAGUCGAAACAUUUCUGGCGAUAUAUGUACCCCUUGGGUUGGAAAACGCUGAAGCUGAACCUCCAGAAUGGACCAACACACACACACCCUCCACGUCUCAGCAAUCUUUUCCCUCGCCUCAUAUGCCAUCACAUAAGGCUCCCGUACGAAGAUUAGAAACCAACUCAAAAGAAUCCCAGUUCCCCUCUACUCCCGAUAGGUCGCCUUCAAUUUCACGCCGCGAAUCCUUAAGUGGAACGCUGAAGUCUCGCACGCUUUCCAACACUCGCUCAGGAAAUGCACAGCACAAACGCGCAUCGUCUAUUCAUAGUCCAAUACCACCUUCGAGACGUCAGGGACCUAGUACGAGUCGUGUCACGGACAGUUCUACCAUUCCUGAUUACAUGUCGUCAAUCCACCGGCCAUCCACCAACCCUUCUUUCUGUGUUGAUCCUCGAUCUGAGUUCGCGCCUGGAACCGAUCUUAGCCAGCAUGUCUUCAAAGUUGAACUAUGGGCGAAAACUGGUACUGGGGUUGAUGACCGCGACAAUUUGUGUAUAGUAAACGGGAAAGGGAAAGAAAAGGAGAUAUCGCGAACGGUGGAUAACGAAUGGCAAAUUUUAGAACACUGGACAGUUGAUCUGUCGGAUCUGCAUCCCCUUUCCGAAGACCCUAAUGAUACCUUACAUCUUCCUUCCAAUACACUUAUUCUCGGCCUACAUUCACCUGCAAAAAGGUUCUACGUUGCUCCCCAUAAUCUCAUCCGAACUCGCACACCAUCUCCUUCUGGAUAUGCCUCAGAUCCAGAAACUAACGCUCGCAAGGUUAAGGAGGUAUGCGAUUCCUCUCCCGAAUUAGCGCUACCCAGCAGGAGAAUCCGUCGUGGUGCACGGCAGCACUCGGAAGACACUGCCGUCAAAACCUCUUCCUGGCAGGACCUAUUUAAGCUUGUUUCACUCCAGACAUGUAUAGCUGAUACUGAGGCCUCCUUUACGACUAUCGCUGAGGGAGUAAAUACCUCGAUUAUGGAGAAUUCUAUCUCAAUGUUGAGGCGAGAACUAUCGCAGAGAGAAUCACAAAUGACGGAGUUGAAGGUGAACUAUAUCACUGUUAGCCAAAGCUCACAGAAGAUACGAGACGACAUGCGUGUUCGACAUGAACAAUUGAAACACCGGCGAGAGAUGCUUCUUCUCGCCAGAACACAAGAAGAUGAACUCACCAAGGACAGCGAAGAAACCAAGGAGGAGGUUGUCGAUGAACGUUCCCGCUACAACUCUCUUCGAACGGUUUUUAGACCUGCGCGGGCAGUACUGAUAUCGACGCUCGCCUCGAUCUUUCCUAUCGAACUUUUCUCUCCUCCUGACCUUCUUUACACUAUAUUGGACGUACCCCUUCCAAUACCGCUGUCCGCCACGGACCCGGCUCCACCGUCCUUUUUGCCUAAUCACAAAGGUAUCAACGAAGAGACCGUUGCUACGGCAUUGGGAUACGCCGCUUUGCUCGUUCACCUCCUAGCCACUUACCUAGGGAAAGGUCUCGUUUAUCCCGUCACUUACAUAGGCUCUCGGAGUUUGAUUCGCGAUGGCAUCUCUGCCAUGGUUGGACCUCGGAUGUUCCCUCUCUUCUCCAAAGGUGUCGACGCGUAUCGUUACGAAUAUGGCGUCUUCCUACUCAACAAAGACAUCGAGCUUAUAAUGGCGGAUUUUGACCUGCGUGCUAUAGACAUACGACAUACACUUCCGAACCUCAAAAACCUUCUCCUUACGCUCACAGACGGCGCGAGCGUCCCUGCCGCCCCGCCUCGUUCGCGUCUCUCGCCCGUAGCAUGUUUGACCGAGCAGGAGUUCACGACUUCGUCGUCCGACGUUGAUGAAGAAGCAGAAGAACCAUCGUCACCGGCACCCACAGUGACCAACAAUACGACGCCUAAAGCGAAUUCGCAUCUCGACCUUCCGUCAAGCGAGUUGAAUAAUAUUACCACGACGAACCACGUACCGGCAGCGGGCGGCAGUACGUCCCCUACCACUCAUCAUACCUCGUUAGAGUCCUUGGAUACCGCGAAGAAAUCAUCCUCGCGUUUCCUUGGAUUGUCCUCGCCUUUGGCGGGAUUCCUGCGUGCACGAUACCCAUCCUCACUUCUACCAACGACACCAGCAGCUAAGGAUGGUAUGAAUACGGGAGAUACUAACACGGUCAACGUGGAAUCUGAACCGACGUCUACUCCGAGUGAUGGGAAUACAAGUGCAGAAGGUGGUCACAGCAACGGCGACAUGAACGGAGAAAUUUUCGAUAGACGUGCAAUACGUGGUGAUACGCAGAGCGUAGAGGGUGUGGAUCACGUCCGGGAAAGUAAAUCGACAAUCGGGAAUGGACAUCUCGAUACCGACUCGGUCGAAAAACAUCAUCCAGACCGGGGCCCAACGCACACCCCUCCCAGGAUCGCUCAUGUCAGCGAGUAAACUGGUGGGCGGAUGAGUUCGUAUUCUUAUUCCUCAAGUACGACUCCAGUUCAGACACGCAGUGACUUUCCUGUGAGGCCUUCGUUGAGGUUAUAGCGGCGGUCGUGAGAUAUUUGUACGGAUUUAUUGAUGAUGUAUGUAAUUAUGAGUUUGCCUGCCCAUUCAUGGAAUAUCACUUCGUC